CAUGCUUGUUUUGAGCAGUAGUAUGAUGACAUUUUUGGUGCUUUUCCCAACGUUUUUGAUUUAAUUUAAUGUUAAAAUAAUUCAUAAUAUUUUCUAAGUGUUUUGUCCAAAAUGGCGACGGACGUGUCCCAGUAGUCUACAGAGUUUACGGCUGUUUCUUCUUAAUAUUCGGACAUUUCUACCGGGUAGAGAGGUGACCGAACCAAGCUGUGUGCUCGGCAGGAAUGUGCAAAAAUAUAUUCGAGGGGAUGUGCAAAAGUUUAAAGACUACAAAUAUGUGUGGUUGAAUCUCUUAAUGCUGAGCUGCCAUGGAGGGUUUGGAGGAGAAGCUCAAAGGUCUGUCCAUCGCUCGGCGGUCUCGCCCAGAGGAACCCACCUACCUGCUGAACGUCGCCCUGCAGCCGGCCGGCCUGCUGGCUGUGUCCUGCUCCAACUUCACCGUCCACCUCCACAACAAGGACACCCUGAAUAUGGUGGGAGAGUAUCAGGGCCACAGUGGGCCGAUCUGUGGGGUUGUUUUCUCCCACACCUCCCCUGACCUCCUCUACUCUGGUUCUGCUGAUGGGACGGUACGGGCGUGGGACGUCCGCCGUCCCGGGUCAGACGCAGCCCAGGUGUUUAAAAGCGACCCGUCACACAGCUACUGCAGCUUCGACCUGAGCUGCAGCGACACACUGCUGUGUGCAGGCACCGAGCAGGUCAACGAUGAAGACAGCUUCCUGGUUUUCUGGGACGUCAGGAAACCAGGUGGUGUGCUCCUCGGGGUGUAUUCUGAGUCACACAGUGAUGACAUCACACAGGUGCGCUUCCACCCUCGAGACAAAGACCGCCUGGCGUCCAGCUCCACAGACGGCCUUGUUAAUGUGUUUGACCUGAGCCGAGGAGCGGAGGAGGAGGCGCUGCUGGCCACCUGUAACAGCGACUCGUCUGCCGGCUCCGUCUGUUGGUCCGGAGCGGACUACACCCAGCUGCUGUGCCUCAGCCACGAUGAGGGGCUGCACCUGUGGGAUCUGGGUCAGCUGGACACAGAUGAGCCCCUCACUGUUUUCAGCACCUCUGACGCUCGCAGCCUGACUGUGCUGGCUGAUGGGGGAGGCGUAGAUUACCUGGUCGGGGGGAGUUGGCUGGAGGAGGCCCAGAAGCUGCUGGUGGUCGGAGGGAAGAACAGAGGGGACCUCCACCUGAUGGAGUGUGACGACAGGGGGCUUCGCCUGCUCAGGACCCUCAAGGACGGCCACACCUCCACGGUACGCUGCUUCCUCUGGGAUGCGGUGGGGGAGGCUCUGGUCACUGGGGGUGAGGAUGCUCAGCUGUUGCUAUGGAAACCAGGAGGGGAGGAGCUCAUGAAAGGGAAAAAGGAGUCCUUGAAGAGCGAAUCAGCUUUGAGAGUCAAAUCAAGACCACAUAAAAAACACGGCUACCAGAGAGAAAAGAAGGCAGCGUAGCCAAGGAUGGAAAUGUCAAACACUGAGUCACACUAACUGGACUCUGGUGGCAGCUCACUCCUGUGCCAACGUUUUAUUCCUGAGAGAAAUCAAAUUCAAACUUGAUAAAAACCAUUCUGCACUCAGGAAAAAGAAUUCUUUGUGCUCGAAAAGCCACUAACUUUGGUGAUUACACAAAAGGUCUGGUCACUUAACAUUUCUGUCCUCUGAGUGUUCGCUCAGAUGGACAAAUCCAAGUGUGUGUUUCCUGUUUCAGUGUGAUCUCCAGCUGCUCCUGCUCCUUUGUUCAGCUUUGACCAGACGAAUGUGCUGAAACACUGAAGCUCUGUGUCUGAAAAUGAAGAAAUUAUUAUCUGAGCGUGCUUUAUCACUAUAUUUAAUACAUUGUGUUUACAAUCUGUGAUCGCUGUCAUUCAUAUUUAUUUAAUACCUGCAUCAGAAUGUGACAUCACGUCCUCUUAAAGGUCUGGUGUGCAGGAUUUAGUGCCAUCUAGUGGUGAGGUUGCAGAAUGCAACCAAUGCAUACUUCUACCGUGUGCCAAGUGUGUAGGGCAGGUGUGUUAAACAUACGGCCAGGGCCAGAACCAGCCCAUCAAAGGGUCCAAUCCAGCCCGCUGGAUGACCUUGCACACUUCAUGGUGAUACACUUGUGAAGGUUAAGAAGUGCCAGGUUUCAGGAGCAAGUUAAACAGCGAGUAGCUUUCAUCCUGUAAAUUGAAAAUAAGUUUGACAACCCUGGUGUUGGGGAGAAACGGUGGCCAAUGCGAAAAAGGCAAAUGGCCCUUUCUAGAGCCAGUGUUUGGUUUGUCCUUUCUGGACCACUGUUGCCUCAGUCCAGGCCUUCGAAUCAGCCCGCUCCACCAAGUUCAAGUUGACUAAUUUGUGACAUUGUGACAUGAAACAACAACAACAACAAUUGAAAUGAAACAACAAUUGUGAGUGCUUUUAACAUCAUAGACACUGCUAUUGAGGCUGUUCUUAAUCAACAUGUCUUCUUAAUACCGCCCAACAUCGUAGUUUGUUUUUACUUCGUUCUCGAUAAUAUCGGCACUCCAUUGAUAUCGGCUGAUAUUGGCUUUAAAAUGAAAUACCGGAAUCAGCCAACAUGCGUGAUAAUAUCAGUAUGUCAUUGGUGUUAAUAUGCUUAUGUUUGCAUAUUUGUUGCAUUUAUACAGGUAACUCUAUACAACAGGCAGUAUAAACUUUUACACGUUAAGAGGAAGUGGGGGACUCUUAUUGUGGAGGGAACAGGAAGUGCACUUAUUAUUGUGGCGCCUGAAGCAUGUUGUUGAAAUGGCUGUUGCCAAUAACGGAGCCGUUGAGUCACCUUAAAAAGUAAUAUUUGGUAUCGACCAGUAUCGACCAAAUCAGCCAUCAUGCUUUUUCUAAGUUAGCAUGAUGAAUGAAUAUUACGUACAUUGAAAAGUACUGUAUUUCAUGUCUCCAUCUGCUGGUGGGCCGUCAUGAUAAAAGUAUACAUGUAUAAUAUGAUGUUAAUUCCACUACAGAAGAGACUUGAUGAUCACUAAAAUUAGGUGGGAAAAAAGUGGAUAUAUUGAUAUUGGUAUUUAUUAUCAGUCAAAUGAGUUGUUUGGUAUCUGCAUAUUGGAUACCAGCAAAAAAUCCAUGACCGUGCAUCCCUGCUUCGCUCCACUCCACUCUCAAAAUCAAGUAGUCAAAACAGGUAUGUUGGCAUAGCCACACAUCAGUAUGGAGUUAAAAUGACAUUAGAUUUGGACGUAUACUUUGGUCUCUAGUGACUGAAUUAGGGAAACUCAAAACCCCGUCCCUCACGGAAAUCAAUAGAGAGUGGACACAAUGUCACACCCAAAAAGUAAACAGAAUAUUAAGAGUUGACACCUCUGUCUGAUAUCAGGCAAAAGCCACUGUAGAAACAACAUGGCGGACUCUGUGGAAAAGGACCUGCUUUGUAUGUAGAUAUAAACGUCUCAUUCUAAGGGAACGGUAACAAAAUUCUUUGUUUCAGGUGAUUAUAAACUAAUGAAAACAUAAUUAACAAAAAUAUUAUAUCCAUUUCUGCCCAUAUAGUCCCCUAAAUCCUGCACACUUGACUUUUAAGGGUUACAGUUUGUUUAACAGAAAUAUAAUAUGACUGUACCUUCACACCUGGUCUUAACAUUUGAUCUGUAUACAUUAUGUUCAUACUGACAUCUGAUCCUCUGACCUUUGUUCUCACACCUGGUAUUAAUAAGUGAUCCUGUUAUCUUGAUUCUGCCCGUACUAUGAUCAGAUCCAGGUAGAGCUGGUGAAAGGAGAGCAAUGGGGGGUGCUACGACAUGCAAGGUUAGGGUCAAGUUACAGAAGGUGACAGGUAAUUGCAAACUGAGAAGUAGCCCACCUUUAGGUGUGGUCUGACCCAUUCAGUCACACUCUCACUGCAGUGCAAUCUGCAUGAAUUAAAGGGUCACUGUGGUGUUUUCAACCUGGAGUCUAUUUUCACAUUUUUGGGUGUAAGUGACUAAUGAAAACAAUAAUUCCUAUGAAAGUGGUUCUGUAUUGAGCAAACAGUCAGCAGUGGCAAAACAGGCUGCGCUGUAACCACUGGGGGCAUUUGAGUACCAUCAGUUUACGUCCUAUGUAACGUUACAUUACAUUACAAAAUAUAUAGUUGGUGAAUAGGGUGUAAUGAUACAUCGAUCUGGAUCAAUAUAUCAAUUCAAGGAUUUAAAACAAGGAUUUAAAAGAAUGGCGUACUACUUAAAUUGAUGGUGCACAAAUGCCGCCAGUAGUUGUACUUGUUUUUGCUAUGGACAGGCUCAGAUUGUUACUAUAAGGGGCUGUACACAUGCCGCGUCUUUAACCACCUGCACCUGCAAGGUCAGGUGCAGGUACUUUUAUGAGCAAACUUUCAGGAGCUUUGAGUGUGCCUGCAUUGAAAACAAUGAAUUUGAGCGUGCAAAAAACGUGGCAUGUGCACAGCCCCUAAGUGUCCAACAAUUUAAGCAAAGGAUUCCUACAGAGAUAGACCUUUUUUUUUUAAAGAGUAUGGUCAUUUUUGUUUAGCCAGAAACAGCCUGAAAUCGCUGUUGCGGAAACGACCAGACUCCAUUUAAAAAAACAGUAAUUUUAGCGUGUACAGAGGCAGCAUAUUUUAAUAUUUAACUAAGUGAAUUGAUUGUUUGUUUCAACCGAACCAGAGUUGAUGAUUGUUGGAACAGUGGAAAGACGAACCAAGAUAGUUUUUGUGGGUUUUAUUUUGUUUCUGUUGGCUUUGAAUGAAGUGUGUUUAACGAUGACAAAAUUACUGUUUAUUUAAAUGGAGUCUGGCUGGUUUGACCAUAGCUAUCUUGGCUGUUUGUGAUUAAACAAAAAGGAUCUUACUCUUUGACAAAAAGGUCUUUUUCUGUAGGGAUCCUGUCUAGAAUGUUGUCAGACAUUUAAUAUAACAAUCUGAGCCUGUCACUGGCAAAAACAGACACUUUUAAAGGGACGUAAAUUUAAACUGAUGACGUACAAUUGCCCUUAGAGAUUACAUUGCAGCUGGUUUUGCUGCUAUCGGAUACAGCAGUCUCUCUCAAUACAGGACCAGUGUCAAAAACUGAUGUUCCUAUCAGUCAUCUAGACACCGAAACAUGGGAAAAAAGGGUCUGAGUUGAAAAAUACUCAAGUCACCCUUUAACAUCUUCAUUAACCUGUUUAUUUAAUCCAGAUUAGAUAUCCAGAUACAAACUGAAUGUUAAUACAAGGUGGAAGCAGGAUCUUGUGUCUCAACAACAUGCUACAUACCAGGUCUGAGCAGGUUUUGUGUGUGAAGUAUGUUCACGAUGGAAAAGUGACAAAACUCACCAAAACUUAAAAACUUAAAUUCCUUUGAUUUUUGAGUCAAGUAUUGAUGGAAUAGUUUUUCCGUCAAUGAGAGGCACAAAGGAAACACAAGAAGCACUCAGAGCAGCUCCAGGAGGAUCUCACAAAACCAACCAAACAAACAAAAUCAUUAAAUAUUUGUCAAAAGAUUUUGUUUGUUUCUCUUUGUGAAGUUUAAUUGCCGGUGGUUCUGCAAAGUUUGAUCGACAACCGCCGGUGCACGUCUUGCAUAACUUUACUGUCACGACAAAACAGUGACGUACAUUGAUUUCUAACUGACAAAACAAUUUACUGUGAAUCUUAGCAUGCAGCUGGGACACAAAUGAGGCUUCUCUGUUUUUUUAAAUUAAGAUUUUUACCAAGUUGUCAAACUGUCCACCAUUGUGACAUUUAGUCGUUGUAAUAUUCCUCCUUUAAAGCUGCAGCAGGACGACUGUAAUUACUGCAUCACAUCCUGAAAGUCACCUGAGCCUCUCGGCACAGCAGGAUCGCGCUGAGAGCAGCUUUCACUCUCAAAUAGCAAAGAGUGGAAUAACAUGAUUGGCAGUGCGAGUGUGCGUCUGUGUUCCUGAGCGUGACUGCAGAGAAAUCCUGCAGAGAUCGAGGCUGUUACUGCAAAAUCACAUGAGAGACAUUAAAGGUUCUCUGUGGUGAUUCAGUGAUCUUUGUACGGGGGCUUUUAUUUAUUGAGCACCUUGUUAUAAUGAAAGGAAACACAUAUUUGUGAGGUGAGCAGACAGGCUGAGUCAUUAAAUUAUUAAACGCAGAUGAACUGAAGAGAUUCAUUCUGGAAAAGAUGAAGUGUUACAUGAAGACAAAGUGCAUUUGUAGAGCAGUGAUAGUAAAACCACUGGUGCAAAUCAGGUUCAUGUUUUUAGGUAUUUCAAAGCAGUUCAUUGUUUUUUUCUUAAUGAUACCUUUCACUUGACUAAUUUGACGGUUACGUGUUUUAAUAAGAUUAUUGAAAAGUCCACGUGCAGUUGUACAAACAGGAACUACACCUGCUUUUUAACGUUGAUACUGAAAGUAUAUUAUCCAUUUUGAGUAUAUGGUCUUUAAUGUGUGUUAAAUAGGCUAUUUAUAAGAUGGAUUUAUUUCUCAAAAUCAAUUAUACAUUUGAACCCUUUUCAUCUCAUGGCUUUUGCUUUUUCCAAAGAUUUACAUUGUUUGUCAGGUCGAGCUGUGACGCCACCAGAGUUAAGAGGAGAGUCUGUUAUUUAAAAGCAGCUGUUACUUUUUAACAGGUUAUUCAGGUGCUGUUCUUGUACUUCUUUAUUACAUGAAUAUUUUAGUUUCACAAAAGAGAGACAUAUUGUACUUUUUACACCUCUCCAGUUAUUUGGCAUCUACUCUAGUAUAAUUACUUUGCACAUUUAGAUUUAAAAAGCCUUAAUGUAUGAGCUAUUACGUAUUAGUUACAACCUUAUACUAUUAGUUAGCCCACAUCUCCAAUUGUUUAGUUAUUAAAUGUCCCCUGUGACUGUUUUACUAUUAUGUAUGAUAUCAUUAGAUCAUUAUUCCUCCUGUAUUCAUGUAAAAAACAGGAUUUUACUGUUAAGUAGGUUUUAUUUGGCUCAUUUUUAAACUAAGAAAAGCAGCAAAUCUUUUACGUUUGUGAAGCUGAAAACGUGAAAAACGACUUCAACCGCCAAAAUAGUUGCUAAUUAAUUUUAUGUCAAUCAAGUAACUGAUUAAUCGACUAAUCGCUCCAGCGGUACUUGUUUAAACUCUUGAGAAGCUUGAAUUAUAACAAAAUAUCAUACUUUAUAAACUCUCCUUCUGUUUUGUUCCCAGAAAUCUUAAUUUGAAAAGUAACUAAAGCUGUCAGAGAAAUGCAGUGAAGAGAAAAAGUACACUAUCUCCCUCUGAGAUGUAAUAAAGUUUGCAUUAAAGAAGAGACUCAAGGGAAGAACGA